GUCCGGUAGGAAUAUGUUGGUCUGAAGACGCUCGCGCUGGAACCGCAAGGGCAUGCGUGCGUUCGCAACUAUAGAGGUCCCCCUUUUCACUGGGCUACGUGCACACCUAUUGCAAUCGUUUUUUAUCUGGAGCAGAGAGCGAAGGGGACACGUACCGAUUCUGCGAGACGUGUUUCCUUGGUGAAGUGGACUGGAACUGUAAUUUACAGGGGUGUUCCGUGAGAAAAAAAUGAAAAGGUGCCGUUAUAGGUUCUGAAUGAGCACAAGGACAUUGGGAGAACGUGUGACAUGCGGUACAGAACCACUCAAUUCAAUCGCUCUAUUACAAUAUCAAUUUCAUUGGGGAGCACAGGUAUAUGACCUCAACUCGUUUUAUGAAAAGUAAGAAGACGUCGUUUCCUACCCGUUUGUGUGGAAUUUUCGCUCCAGCUGAGAGUCGUGAUGUCUGGCUCAUUUCGCACAUUGUUCCUGGUUCUGCUGGGUACGUUGACAGUGUGUGCCCAGACGGAGAUGAAAAGGGUUGUCGGAGACAACGCCACACUGCCCUGUCACCACCAGUUUUGGGCGGGCGACGCCCCAACACUAGAUAUUGAGUGGCUCCUCCUCAAACCCAGCUCCAAGCAGAGAGUGGUGAUCACCUACUUUGCCGGACGGGUGUACGACCCCAACGAGGCGGAGGCUAGCCGGCUGUCCUUAGCCGGGGACUACCUGAAGGGGGACGCCUCCCUGCUGAUCAGUGACCUCACCCUGGGUGACUCUGGCGAGUACAGCUGCAAGGUGAAGAACGGCGGGAAGUACCAGUGGAGCACGGUGAACCUCAUAGUACUGGUGAAGCCAUCUAAGCCCCGCUGCUGGAUGGAAGGCCGGCUGUUGGAAGGCAGUGACGUGAAGAUGAGCUGUAAGUCUACGGAUGGCUCCGACCCCAUCAGCUACAAAUGGGAGAGGGUGUUGGACAAGGGCAAGUACAUGGGGAAGCUGCCCCUGCUGGCCCUCAUUGAUCUGAAGAACCCAGAAAUAGUGACGCUGAGAAACCUGACCAAGGAGAGUGCUGGGGUUUACAAGUGUACUGCCAGCAAUGACGUGGGGGAGGAGAGCUGCACGGUGGAGGUCAAGCUGCACUACGUGCGGGGCAUGGGUGUGGUGGCGGGCGCUGUGGUGGGCGUGUCCUUCGGCGUCCUCCUCAUCAUCCUCAUCAUCUGGCUGGUGUUUCGCAAGAAGGAGAAGAAGAAAUACGAAGAGGAAGAGACUCCCAAUGAGAUCAGGGAGGACGCUGAGGCUCCCAAGGCCAAACUGGUGAAGCCAAACUCCCUCUCGUCAUCCCGCUCUGGGAGCUCUCGUUCUGGCACUUCCUCCACCCAGUCAAUGGUCCACACAAGCGCCCCCCGGGGGCCGCGUGCCUGCUUGCCUGCCGUGGCGGCCCUCAAGGAAAAUGGCCAGUCCCCCAGCUUCCCACAACAGCCCCCCGCUUACACACAAGUGGUCCCCAAGACCCCAGAGCCUCGCAUGGCUCCAGCCAAGCCCAGCUCUCCCCCGAAACUAAGCCCGGGGAACCUGGCUCGCAUGGGAGCAACACCAGUAAUGAUCCCUGCCCAGACCAAGGCCUUCCAGACUGUGUAGGAGCGAGGAGAGGAGAACCUGGACUUAGACAGACAGAAGAAUCCCCAGUACGCAGCCAAUAGCAAACCCCAGCCUGCGCCCCGAGAAGACCAGUCACACCAUGAGUACAACCCCCCUCACUCACAGCUAAGGACUAACCAACCAAAAAUAAUCAUGGAGUGCAUUUAUUAAGGAAUUUCGCCCCCUCUCAUGUACAAAAAGCACUGGACAAAAUAUCUUGUUUGCAUGGCAUCCGGUGACAUGUGAAAUGUCAUUUUGUUUUUCUUUUCAUUUUGCCAACGAGGGCACUGAUGUGGAUCAGAUUCUGAGGUGGGGAGGAAGAAGAGGAACCGGGGUGUGACCUGAGUAGAGAUGAUGUCUUUUUAAACCAAAGUGACAGAGCCGUGAAAGCCGGAACACUGUGGACGAACGGAGGAAGGGAGUGAGAGCCAACAGAGGACUGGAAAGUAACAGAGAUGCAAAAGCUAUUUAGCUGGCCAAAGAACUGUCCAGGGUGGCGGUCGCCUACGAUCUUCUACCAACCAGAUCAAACCACACUACAGACAACAAAUAGAAAGAAAGAAAUCCCAAACAGACCUGAAGUAAAUUGCUUUCCAAACACCUGCUUUAUUCACACAGAGCCAAUCACACUUUGUCACACAGCCAAUCACGCACCGCCACACAGCCAAUCACACACCACCACACAGCCAAUCACACUCCACCACACAGAGCCAAUCACACUCCGCCACACAGAGCCAAUCACACUCCGCCACACAGAGCCAAUCACACUCCGUCACACAGAGCCAAUUACACUUCGCCACACAGAGCGAAUAAACAUCUCCAAGGCUGCUUCGCUGGCUUCACACACCUGUUCCGGGAUUCUCGCCAAGGCCAGCAUGGCGAUUGGUUUAGAAAUGAGAGUGGAUGAAGUUCUCUGCCUCCCUGUGCGAGGUCCCCGACAAGCGGAGCUUACGGUUUCAGGGGAAAUGAAAAAAGCCUGGGACCAGGUUUUCGCUUUUGGAUGUUAAUGUGGCGACACCCCAUCUCAACCGUCCUCCACAUUUACUAGAUUGGUGAAUCAACCCCCCCCCCCCUCCACACGCAAUAUUCUUCCAUGGUUGAACAGUGCCCCCCCCCCCCCACACAUACACACACACAGCAUAUUCCUUCUUGUCAUCACUAGUAUGUGGGGGAUCUGUUUCGGGCAUUUUUUUUUUUUUUACAUCUGCUAUGGAGGGAAGUUUGCCUUUGUACAAAGACGUUAUAGUUUAAGACACACAGAAACAUGUCACCUGUCACCCUAUCAACAACAUGGUACUGAUUUCCCAUGUUUCCUCGGAAUCCAGCACAAUACACUCAAGUCUGGAGGUAUGUAAUAUUAUCUUCCCAAUCCAUGGACAGCGUCAUUGAAGCCCAAGGGUUGUAUGACUGGGUAGUCAUCAUAGGGGAUUAUUAAUGGCUGUGAUGUGUAUUGCUGUGGGAGAAUAUUUUAUGUUAGCUCUUUGUCUUUGUUUAGCUCAGAUUCUUCACAGGAUUGUUUUUAAAGGGGCAGACAUAACCCUAUCGAUAAAGUGCCACUUUUGAUGUUUGAUGAGUAUAGUUGACAGCGUUUCUGAUUUGGUUUGUGCCAUGUUAAUAGCGUUGCCCUUAGUCCAAAUGAAUGAACAAACGUAUGAAUGUGUUGCUAUACCUUGCAGUAUAUAAAGUCAUUGGAUAAAACCUUUUUCCCAUGAGGAGCAGAAAUGUGCAGCAAUAAGUUGAAUCCCUUGCAGUCGAAAUGUGUCUGUACCUGAAUACAUUAUAUGUUCUGUAUUAAAGGAAAAUUAGCAAAGAGCCAUAACACAUCAUUGUAGAAUAGAAUCUGAAAUCACAUGUGUUGACUUGGCACCCUCUUGUAAUUAGGGAAGAAUGGCCGUGAUGAUCCUGAGUGCCUUGAGUUAACAUACAUGUACAUAUAUUGAAAACAUCUGACUAUGUUAAGGAACACCGCUUCACAGUGAUUGAUUCCGUUCCAAGUAGGAAUAAUAAGGACAGUAGCCUGGUUGUCAUGCUAGCUUUAGUCAAACUCAAAUAAUUCCACUGAAUCUCCUCACUGGAGCCAAACAAAGUAUAAACAGUAAAAGGUCCUGGCUGAAAGUGUCAGGUUAUGUUAUGCCCUCCAUUCUUUCUGAGCUCUCCUCAGAUCCAAAGGUGUCACUUCUGCCUAGCGACCGUCUUGUCUGCCUGUACAUGGUAACACAUUGGUCCCUUAACGUUGUAACUGGUUUCUCUCUCAAAGGGACACGCCUGAUUUUCCAGCGCCCUUGCAAUUCAGUUGUUGUGAUGGAUGGCAGGUCAGGCGGUAUUUGGAGAGACUGAUGCCAUGACGACCCCCACGGGAACCUAGCACACACAUCUGGGAUCCAUUGGGGGGGGGGUCUUAUUCUUGUCCCGCAAUAUAUAGCAUACUCAGACCUCUGAAAUAGCUCGAUAUGAGGACGCAGAGGUCUUUACUCCUUGAAAGGAGUUAAAUGUAACCCGGCUUCUGGUUGAUACUUGGUUGAAACCCCCUGGUUCACCUUUUUCAAUCCUUUUUUCAAAUUACCUCAGUUGUAACAUGGCAUUAUCUCAUGAACUGUGGGCUGUUCCAAGACCGAAAGAAAGGCAACAACUUUGACUUGAUGAGUCUCUUGAGUCGGUUACAAUCUGAGAAGUGCAGGCCGAGUAGCUCCUUUCAACGAGGAGACGGAUGAGUGGCGAGGUGAGAGGAUGACACCUGAGGGAGAGCUCCAGAUUGCCCACCACAACCCUCUUUGAAUUUCCCAUAAUGCCCCUGAAAGCCAAUUCAGGGAGGCUGAGUGGAUGAUUGAAUGCAGCUCUAAUAGCUGUUUGAUAGAGUGGGAUACGCACAGGAUUUGAUUUCCCCCUUAUCCGUGUGGCCGUGUGAAUUUUCCUGGUUGGUGAGACACCUUUCACUGCCCAUCUCAUUCAGCAGUGGCGGGCGCUCCACGAGUCAUUAGGACUUUUACCCUUUUCUUUGAAACGUCUUCUGUGUCAGGCCAGUAAAAAGACCACCUUCUCCAAACCAUACUGGGGUUGGAAUAAGGUGAACCACAGGCGUUAUGUUGCCCUUUCACCGUGUGCCAAUUACUAAAGAACAUUACUGUAGCUACUAGGAAACAUGGAUCUCGAUGUCAUUAAUUAGUGUGUAUCUACUCUGAAGUCCUCCACAAGGGUUAGAAUGAGGAGGCCUGUGUGGUACGUACCAGGCAUACAGUGUAAUGUUGAAGGGAGGAAGAAUCCAUUCAAAGCAGAAAAAUGAUGGAAUGCAUGUCACAGAUACUUAACUAGAGAAAGAUCAAAACAGUAUUUUUUGCCUCAAUGCUUAUAUAAAUAUAUAAAUGAUAAUCUUGUACAUAAAAAAAAAAAAAUGUCAUGACUGUAAAAAAAGGAAAGUUUUAUAUUUUUGUUGGGUUUGUUUUGAGAUUGUUUGUUUGGGUUAAUUAUUCAAUCCGAAGUACUUUCAUGCACUUUCUUAAAGAUCCAGUGCAGUCAAAAACGUGAUUGUCUUAUUUUUUUGAUGAUAUUUCCAUAGUAUAAGAUCAAAAUAACAAUGUUGAACAUUAUGAUAAUGCCCUUUUUAUGAAAGAGCAGGAAUUUCAGCAUGUUUGAGUGGGACCUUUGGCCAACUGCAUGAUUCCUCAAGGUUGAUUUUAUUAUAUUAGACCAAUGACUGUUCAGCUAGGUAAGGGGUUAGUUUCUAGACCAUCAGCCAAUCAGGUCUGUGUACUGACAAAUAUUAAAAUAGGUUUCAUAACACCCACACAGUCAUACUGAGCAUUUCAAAGGCCAAAGGAGGCUCAGGGAAAUAAAUUAUAUUUAAACAUAUUUUGUUAUAUUCCAAAAAGGAAAUGCACAGUGAUUUAUUCAACAUAGUGAUGACCUAGAAAUCAAUUUUAAAAGACUGCAUGGGGGCUUUAAACUGUGCUGUUUGUGUUCAGCUUGCGUGAAACACCUUUGGCCAGCGUACUGAAAUGUGUAGGGGAAUAUGUAGUUUGGAGAGCGUUUACACAGCGGCAAAACAUGGCAGAGACAUCAUGGUGGAAUGCAAAUACCUGGCUGACAUGAUGUAGGACUGUGAAACCUAGUUAUUUAUUGGGGACAUUCUAGACAUUCUGAAUACGUACAUUUGCUAAACGUAUUGCCAGUGUGUGCCAAUACUCUCCAUACUAAACUGUAUCUUCCAGAUGAAUUAUGUAUCCAUCGUGCCUACAUUUGGCAGGAGUAUGUGCGCUGUUAGGAGGAAUAUAUAUAUACAUAUAUAUAUAUAUAUAUAUUUUAUUUUUAUUUUGUUGACAACGCCAAAAGCGAACUGAAUCGAGAGAGAAAAAAAGGUCAUAUGUUGAUGAGUUUGAAACAUAUAUUUAGUUUAGACUAGUCCAAAAUCAUAAAGUCUGGCACGUCAUGAGUUUUCUUGUGAUCGGAUAUGCACCAUGAUGUAUGAGUAAGAUUGGAUUCAGAUUUUUUUCUAUGUUCAUGUGCAUUUGCCCACUAAUACAGGAUGAACAGCUAUGGUGAUCACUAUCUAUGGCACAGACAGUGAGAGACCUGCCCUGCAGCUCAGCCUUUGUUUACGUAGCUAAGAUAACAACUAUCACAUUUUAACUAAAAUACUGAACCAAACUCCUUAGUUUGAUGUGUUAUUGUGCAACUAAAACCUCCUUGGCUAAAACAUAAACAUUUAUUACAGAUUUCUUCAGUUAUGGUUAUCUUAGAUACAUCUUUAAGCAAGUGACUGACUUCCUUUAUAGGUCUCUCACAUGGGACAAACAUCAGUAACUGCCACUGUGAACCACACCUCAGACGGAAAUCUGUUUCGUAAUGAGAAAUUAAAAACACAUGGAAUCAGUGUGUAAGUCACUCUUUAAGUUGUCAUAAACCAAAAUGCCAUGUACCCCCCUUUGAGUCAACAAAUGUAUAUUUGUACAAUAUCUCAAUAAGUAAUGUUUUGGUUUCUAAUAAAGCAUUUGAUGAAGAGCCA